AAGUUGCAACAUCUGCGAGCAGUCAGAACAAAGCCCCUGAACUUUUUCUCUCUGGCCCCGGGCUCCGUGGCGUCCCCCAGCUCCUCCUUCGUCCGCGGCUCCCAGCCGGACCUUGGGCAAGAAUCGCUGCAGCCCAGUGCGGGGAAGCGCGGCUGCCUGGCGUCCCGAAGCACGUGAGCGCUGCGGCCAUGGGGGAUGUGAAGCUGGCUGCCUCUUCACACGUUUCCAAAGCCUCCCUCAGUAUGGAUCCCUCAAGAGUCGGCUCCAUGCCCCUGACCGAGGCGCCUGCCUUCAUUUCGCCCCCUCGGAACCUCUGUGUCAAAGAAGGCGCCACUGCCAAGUUUGAAGGGAGGGUCCGGGGUUACCCAGAGCCCCAGGUGACGUGGCACCGAAACGGGCAGCCCCUCCCCAGAGGGGGCCGCUUCCUGCAGGACCACGGUACCCGGGGGAACUUCAGCCUCGUGAUCCACGCUGUCCAGGAGGAGGACAAGGGGAAGUACACCUGUGAGGCCAGCAACGGCAGCGGUGCCCGCCAGGUGACCGUGGAGCUGACGGUGGAAGGAGGUUUGGUGAAGAAGCAUGGUCAGCCGGUUGCUUCCAAAACCUUGGGGGACAGGUUUUCAGCCCCAGCAGUGGAGACCCGGCCUAGCAUCUGGGGAGAGUGCCCGCCAAAGUUUGCUACCAAGCUGGGCCGAGCAGUGGUCAAAGAAGGGCAGAUGGGACGGUUCUCCUGCAAGAUCACUGGCCGGCCCCAGCCACAGGUCACCUGGCUGAAGGGAAACGUGCCACUGCAGCCGAGUGCCCGUGUGUCCAUGUCUGAGAAGAAUGGGAUGCAAGUUCUGGAAAUCCAGGAAGUCAGCCAGGACGACGUGGGAGUGUACACGUGCUUGGUGGUGAACGGGUCAGGGAAGGCAUCCAUGUCAGCUGAGCUCUUCCUCCAAGGUGUGGACAAGGCCAACAGCAGGUCAUCUGUGAGUGGGACAAAGGCCUGCAGUUCAGACAUCAGGAGGGAGGUGACCAAUGGAAUCUCAAAGGGGCUGAAACUGGACAGCCUGGAGACUGCGGCCGAAAGAAGGAACUGCCUCAGUCCCCAGAGCGGUGGCCCUCCGGCCUGGGCCACGGCCAGCCAGCCUCAGGCCCUGAGGGAGUGUGAGCUGGAGCCGGGCAGGGACCCAGCCCAGAGGAUCCUGCAGAAGACUUCUAGUGCCAUCACCCUGCAGCCCACAAGGGUGCAGCCAGAACCGAGGGCACCUGUCUCGGGGGCUCUCUCUCCUUCUGGAGAAGAGAGGUCAAGGCUAGCGGCGCCCGGUCCAGCCACCCUCCCCACCAGGCAGUCUGGCCCGGGAAGUCAAGAUGUCGUGAGCAAGGUUGCCACCAGGAGAUCCCCCAUGGACAGCCAGAGGGAGUCAACAGUCCCCAAAUUUGAGAGCAAGCCCCAAAGCCAGGAGGUCAUUGAAGAUCAAACAGUCAAGUUCAAAUGCGAGGUUUCAGGGAUCCCAAAACCUGAAGUGGCCUGGUUCCUGGACGGUGUCCCCAUGAGGAGACGAGAAGGCAUCGUGGAGAUUUUUGAGGACGAGGGAUCCCAUUACCUCUGCCUGCCAAGAGCCCAGGCGAGGGACGGGGGGAAGUACAGCUGCACAGCUUCCAAUCCCCAUGGCCAGGCGUCCUGCAACUGGACCCUCCUGGUGCACCGGCGGGCCACGAUGGAGGUGGCCCCGUCAUUCUCCAGUGUCCUGAAGGACUGCAGCGUCACCGAGGGCCAGGAUUUUGUGCUACAGUGUUCGGUACAGGGGACCCCAGCACCCCGAAUCACCUGGCUGCUCAACGGGCAGCCCAUCCGGUACGCCCACUCCACCUGUGCAGCUGGUGUAGCCGAGCUCCACAUCCAGGAUGCCCUGCCAGAAGACGAUGGCACCUACACCUGUCUGGCUGAGAACGCCCUGGGCCAGGUGUCCUGCAGCGCCCGGGUCGCCGUCCACGAGAAGAAGAGUGACAGGAAGUGUGAGCGCCUUCUGCCCGUGGCUCCCGGCAGGCCCGUCGCACCUGUCUUCCUGCAGGGCCUCUCUGACCUCAAGGUCAUGGAUGGAAGCCAGGUCACCAUGACAGUCCAGGUGUCAGGGAACCCGCCCCCUGAGGUCCUCUGGCUUCACAACGGGAACGAGAUCCAGGAGUCCGAGGACUUCCACUUUGAGCAGAGAGGCACUCGGCACAGCCUGUGUAUCCAGGAAGUGUUCCCAGAGGACACAGGCACCUACACCUGCGAGGCCUGGAACAGCGCCGGAGAGGUGCGCACCCAGGCUGUGCUCACAGUGCAAGAGCCCCAGGAUGGCACCCAGCCCUGGUUCAUCAGCAAGCCUCGCUCCGUGACGGCCUCGCUGGGCCAGAGCGUCCUCAUCUCCUGCGCCAUCGCCGGCGACCCCUUUCCCAGCGUGCACUGGCUCCGAGACGGCCAAGCCCUCUCCAAGGACACCGGCCACUUCGAGGUGCUGCAGAACGAGGAUGUGUUCACCCUGGUCCUGAAACACGUGCAGCCCUGGCACGCCGGCCACUACGAGAUCCUGCUCAAGAACCGAGUCGGUGAGUGCAGCUGCCAGGUGUCUCUGAUGCUACAGAACAGCCCGGCCAGAGCCCCCGUGCGGGGGAGGGAGCCUGCCAGCUGCGAGGGCCUCUGUGGUGCUGAUGGUGGUGGCGGCGAGCGCCAUGGGACCCUGAGGUCCUGCUGGGCAGCGAGAGGGCAAGGUUGGCCCGAGGAGGAAGACGGGGAGGACGUGAGGGGGCUGCUGAGGAGGCGCGUGGAGCCCAGGCAGCACACCGAGGAGGCGAUCCGCCAGCAGGAGGUGGAGCAGCUGGACUUCCGUGAGCUGCUGGGGAAGAAGGUGAGUACCAAGACCCUGUCGGAGGAAGCCCUGAAGGAGAUCCCGGCCGAGCAGAUGGAUUUCCGCGCCAACCUGCAGCGGCAGGUGAAGCCCAAGACUGUGUCUGAGGAGGAGAGGAAGGUGCACAGCCCCCAGCAGGUCGACUUCCGCUCCGUCCUAGCCAAGAAGGGGACUCCCAAGACCCCCGUGCCUGAGAAGGCGCCACCUCCAAAACCUGCCACUCCGGAUUUUCGCUCCGUGCUGGGUAGCAAGAAGAAAUUACCGGCAGAGAAUGGUAGCAGCAAUGCUGAGGCCUUGAAUGUCAAGGCAACAGAAAGCCCCAAGCUUGUGGGCAAUGCACCACUGUCAGGGUCCCUGAAACCUGUGGCCAACGCCAAGCCUGCAGAGACCCUGAAACCUGUGGCCAACACCAAACCUGCCGAGACCCUGAAACCUGUGGCCAACGCAGAGACCCUGAAACCCAUGGGCAACGCCAAACCUGCCGAGAGCUCGAAACCUGUGGGCAACACCAAACCUGCCGAGACCCUGAAACCCGUGGGCAACAUCAAACCUGCCGAGACCCUGAAACCCGUGGGCAACACCAAGCCUACUGAGACCCUGAAACCUGUGGCCAAUGCCAAGCCUGCCGAGACCCUGAAACCCGUGGGCAACACCAAGCCUGCCGAGACCCUGAAACCCAUAGCCAACACCAAGCCUGCUGAGACCCUGAAACCCGUGGGCAAUGCCAAGCCUGCCGAGACCCUGAAACCCGUGGGCAACGCCAAGCCUGCCGAGACCCUGAAACCCAUGGGCAAUGCCAAGCCUGCCGAGACCCUGAAACCCGUGGGCAACGCCAAGCCUGCCGAGACCCUGAAAGCCGUGGCCAACGCAAAGCCUGCCGAGACCCCCAAACCAGCAGGGAAAGAGGAACUCAAGAAGGAGGUCCAGAAUGAUGUAAACUGCAAGAGAGAGAAGGCAGGAGCUGCGGAUAACGAAAAACCACCUGCGAGCCCAGGAACAGCCCCAACCUUCAAGGAGAAGCUGCAGGACGUCCGUGUGGCAGAGGGUGAGAAGCUGCUGCUCCAGUGCCAGGUGUCCUCUGAGCCCCCGGCCACCAUCACCUGGACACUGAAUGGGAAGACACUCAAGACCACCAAAUUCGUCAUCCUCUCCCAAGAAGGCUCGCUGUGCUCCGUCUCCAUUGAGAAGGCGCUGCCGGAGGACAGAGGGCUGUACAAGUGUGUGGCCAAGAAUGCCGCAGGCCAGGCCGAGUGCUCCUGCCACGUCACCGUGCACGAUGCCCCGGCCAGCGAGAAUGCCAAGGCCCCGGAGAUGAAAUCCCGGAGGCCCAAGAGCUCUCUUCCCCCCGUGCUAGGAACAGAGAGUGAGGGCAGCAGGCAGGCCCAGGUUAACCUCACUGUCGUGGAUAAGCCAGACCCCCCCGCCGGCACGCCGUGCGCCUCUGACAUCCGCAGCUCCUCGCUGACGCUGUCCUGGUACGGCUCCUCCUACGACGGGGGCAGCGCCGUGCAGUCCUACAGCGUGGAGAUCUGGGACUCUGUGGACAAGAUGUGGACGGAGCUGGCCACAUGCCGCAGCACCUCGUUCAACGUGCGCGACCUGCUGCCGGACCGCGAAUAUAAAUUCCGCGUGCGCGCAAUCAACGUGUACGGCACCAGUGAGCCGAGCCAGGAGUCGGAGCUCACGACAGUGGGCGAGAAGCCCGAGGAGCCGAAGGAUGAAGUGGAGGAGGUGUCGGAUGACGACGAGAAGGAGCCCGAGGUCGACUACCGGACAGUGACCGUCAACACCGAGCAGAAAGUGUCUGACUUCUAUGACAUCGAAGAGAGGCUAGGAUCUGGGAAAUUUGGACAGGUCUUCCGACUCGUAGAGAAGAAAACUGGAAAAAUCUGGGCAGGGAAGUUCUUCAAGGCGUACUCGGCCAAAGAGAAGGAGAACAUCCGGCAGGAGAUCGGCAUCAUGAACUGCCUCCACCACCCCAAGCUGGUGCAGUGCGUGGACGCCUUCGAGGAAAAGGCCAACAUCGUCAUGGUCCUUGAGAUAGUAUCAGGUGGCGAGCUGUUUGAGCGCAUCAUCGACGAGGACUUCGAGCUGACGGAGCGCGAGUGCAUCAAGUACAUGCGUCAGAUCUCGGAGGGGGUGGAGUACAUCCACAAGCAGGGCAUCGUCCACCUCGACCUCAAGCCUGAGAACAUCAUGUGCGUCAACAAGACGGGCACCAGGAUCAAGCUCAUCGACUUCGGCCUGGCCAGAAGGCUGGAGAACGCCGGGUCUCUGAAGGUCCUCUUCGGCACCCCGGAAUUCGUGGCACCCGAAGUGAUCAACUACGAGCCCAUCAGCUAUGCCACGGACAUGUGGAGCAUCGGCGUCAUCUGCUACAUCCUGGUCAGCGGCCUCUCCCCCUUCAUGGGUGACAAUGACAAUGAGACCUUAGCCAAUGUUACCUCAGCCACCUGGGACUUCGACGACGAGGCGUUUGAUGAGAUCUCCGACGACGCCAAGGAUUUCAUCAGCAACUUGCUGAAGAAGGACAUGAAAAACCGCCUGGACUGUACCCAGUGCCUCCAGCACCCGUGGCUAAUGAAGGAUACCAAGAACAUGGAGGCCAAGAAGCUCUCCAAGGACCGCAUGAAGAAGUACAUGGCAAGAAGAAAAUGGCAGAAAACGGGCAAUGCUGUGAGAGCCAUUGGAAGACUGUCCUCUAUGGCAAUGAUCUCAGGGCUCAGCGGCAGGAAAUCCUCCACGGGGUCACCCACCAGCCCACUCACCGCAGAGAGACUGGAAACCGAAGAAGAUGUCUCCCAAGCGUUCCUGGAGGCUGUGGCAGAGGAGAAGCCGCACGUGAAACCUUACUUCUCUAAGACCAUUCGUGACCUGGAGGUGGUGGAGGGCAGCGCCGCCAGAUUUGACUGCAAGAUCGAAGGAUACCCAGACCCCGAGGUCGUCUGGUUCAAAGACGACCAGUCAAUCAGGGAGUCUCGCCACUUCCAGAUAGACUACGACGAAGACGGGAACUGCUCUUUAAUUAUCAGCGACGUGUGCGGGGACGACGAUGCCAAGUACACCUGCAAGGCUGUCAACAGUCUUGGAGAAGCCACCUGCACGGCAGAGCUCAUUGUGGAAACCAUGGAGGAAGGAGAAGGAGAAGGGGAAGAGGAGGAAGAGGAGUGAAGCAAAGCCAGGGGGAAGCAGUUUGUAAGUCGUGUUACAAGGACUAACUCUCUAAAGCUCAGAAACUCAAGAUAGCAAAAGCACCUAGUGUGGCAGGGUCUCUAGGUAGGUCCCUUGGGGGCUGAUGGUUCGCCACAGCAGUUGAAACUCAGCAGCAUCGCUGAUGGGCAUUAAUCUGAAUUAGCUGGCACCUUAAGAUCCUGGUGCAGCAGGAUUUCAUUUAGGGAAAUUUCCAGUAACUUGCCUGGUGAAUUCAGUUCAGAGAGAAAGAGCUACUUACCUGGGCCCACCAUAAAUUCCCCAGCUGAACCCACUCGUGAAAAAUAAGGCCACAGUAAGGACUCUGGGCUCUGCAGCCCCAGUUCAGCCCAGAGGGGGCCUGGAGAUGGAAGGCCUCUUUCUCUCUCUCUGUCUCUCUCUCUUCCCCCAUCCCCGCACCCUCCCCCUGGACUGCAGACAGCUGGGUCUUCUCCAGGAACACCUCGCUUCAUUCUGAAAGCAGUUGAGCCAUUCUGAUUUACGAGGCACACUUCCUUCCAAAGUGUACUGCAGACAUCCAAACCUUGCUCCUCCCUCCCCUGGUCUACCUGCAGGCUUUCCUGGAUCUGAUCUUGUUGUGAAUUUAAGCACUAAGACCGUUAAUUGCACCUCCUAGAUUCUGAAAACAGGCCCCCUGCUCUCGGAUGACUCUGGCUUCCUUAGGAAAACUAAGACAUCUUUUCUUCCUAAAUCAGUAGGAAUCUAAAGUUAUCCCCCUCUCUGCAAAUGUCUAGCAGCUUCAGACAUUUGGAUAAGAACUCACAGGGGAGAAAAAAUCCUUGCUCACGUGCUUUUCUCCUUGAACCGAGAUUCGUCCUUGUGCUGUUACAGACUGUCAGCUCUGUGUGUGUAGAAGAGAUUUCUGUGUUUGGAUGUAGGAAAAGCCAGUUGGCUGAAAAAUUAGUCUUCAUUAUUUAUUGGCCACUCUGAAACAGACUUCAACUGACAAAGAGCUAUAGGAGGCCACACAUUCUGGACUCUUUCAAGAUAGUCUGAGUUGAAUGCACCUGCAUUUCAACACUCUCCGAAAAGCUCAGCCUGCCUAUGGGUUCCACUCUCUUUAUCUUCUUAAGUGUAGAUCAGCUAUGCCUUGCCCCCAACCUUGAAAUGUAUCUUAGACCUCAUAAACGCACCGACUCUCGCAGCUUUAGGAAUUUUUAACUUUUCACGACAUUGGCACUUAAAUUUUUUUCUUUAUAAAUCCUUUUGAAGUUCAUGAACAAAGAACAUAAAUUGUUAUGCCUAAACAUUUCCUCUGUGUGUGUGUGUGUAACAUUCCAAAUAUUUUGUUUUCUUUUCCACUGUUUGUAAAGUGACACAUUUCAUAUUUCAAAGGACUUUUUCCUAGUUCCUCAAGAACCAAUUUGAAAUGAUUUCAGUGCAAUCCUACACAGUAUCAACAUUAGAAUCUUGAUAUUACUUAGUCUUAUGUUAUCUUCCAUUCUAUUUUUAUCUGCUUUUUGCUGCUAGUUUCAAGUUGCCAGUAUUUUUCCUUUUUUGCUUUUUAAACAGUUAUAAUAUUUUUCAUAAUAGCCACAGUAUUGCCACAGUUUAUUAUAAUAAAGGGUUUUAAUUUGACUUAGAGCAAAGAUUUUUUUCGUCACUUAAUUAUGUUUAGCCUAUAACCUUCGUGUGCAUGUACGUUGCGUGUGUGUGCAGGUGUGACGUAUAUGCGUGUUUACAAGUUAAUGCCUUUUUGAAAUUGUGUUCCUGUUCCCUCCGUUUAUGAUGCCGUCAGAAUGGUAGAUGAGAACACUACAACCGUAGUCAGCUCACCGUUUUUAAAUAAAGGAUUACCACAGUG